AGAAACGACAUCAUUUUGAAGUUCAGUGUAGUUCCUCCUUUGUUCUUCAUCGUCCUCGCAGAUUUCUCGGUUUGGAUCUUUUUGAAUAAUUUUAGCAGACAUGGCAGCGAUUUACAGUCUUUACAUAAUCAACAAAUCUGGUGGUUUGAUUUUCUACAAGGACUGUGGAACAAAGGGAAGGAUGGAUACGAAUGAUAGCAUGAGGGUAGCUAGUUUAUGGCACUCAAUGCACGCCAUUUCUCAGCAGCUUUCUCCUGUUUAUGGCUGUUCUGGCAUCGACCUUCUCCAAGCUGAUACCUUUGAUCUCCGUUGCUUCCAGUCUCUCCCAGGAACAAAGUUCUUUGUGGUUUGUGAACCUGGAACUCCCCACAUGGAGAGCCUCCUCAGAUACAUUUAUGAGCUCUACACUGACUUUGUCCUCAAGAAUCCUUUCUAUGAGAUUGAGAUGCCUAUUCGUUGCGAGCUUUUCGACAUCAACCUUUCUCAAGCUGUUCAGUCUGACCGCGUUGCUCUCUUAGGACGUUGAGCACUAGAUUGAUUCUCUCACUUCUUUGCCUUUUGUAUGUGACAUUUUGUCUGAACAUUGCAACAAAACCCAUCAUUUUUUUUUUUUGUGUUGUUUCA